UUGGGAGAAUUGUCUUUCAGCUUUUUUCCGACAUUUGUCCUAAGACCAGCAAAAACUUUCUCUGUUUGUGCACUGCUCAGGAGGUGGCGUGUGCCUGAGAGGUGGUUCUCGCAACGUCAAGAUUAAAAAGGGCCUGGUUUGCGGCGUCCAUUUGUACUGAGCAGCCAGGACAGAGGCACUUGGACCACAUUUCUACACACUUUUCCCUUUCUCCCAUCACAAAAUAAGCCAUAUUCACGAUUCACUAUUUGCAAAUUAACCUAUCCGCAGAUUUUUUUAACCUGUUCACUCAGGUAAACUAGCAAAAGAUUAGCAACCUAAGACUCCAUCUUCAACAACCAGCCCUCUGUUCUUUGCCCCUCAUGCACACUAAAUGAAAUAUCUGUAAGGUGAAAAGGGAACCGGCAAAGUAACAGGGAAAAAGCUGUGCUACAAAGGCUCCACAUUUCACCGAGUUGUAAAGAACUUUAUGAUCCAGGGUGGCGACUUCACUGAAGGAAACGGAAGAGGAGGCGAGUCUAUAUAUGGUGGCUACUUUGAAGAUGAGAAUCUCACUCUCAAACACGACCGUGCCUUCCUGCUGUCCAUGGCCAAUCGCGGAAAAGACACCAAUGGUUCACAGUUCUUCAUCAGCACAACCAAAAUGGCGCCUCAUCUUGACGGAGUCCACGUCGUCUUCGGCCUCGUCAUCUCCGGCUUUGAGGUGAUAAAGAAGAUCGAGGGGCUGAAGACGGAUUCGGCGAGCCGGCCAUACGCCGAUGUCAGAGUCGUGGACUGUGGACAGCUGAUCACCAAGUCGGCUAAUGACAUUCUGGAAGGCAAAAGGAUAAGGGCGUCCCAUUCCACUGACUCUUCACCACCAAGCUCCUUUUCCGGGGAGUCUGAGAGCGAGUCUGAAAAGUCCAUAUAUCACAAGCGCAAGAGACACGAAAAGAAUAAACGGUCCAAAAAGCGGAGGAGGGUGUCCAAUGGAGAGAAAAAUGUUCACCUUGAAUCUUCCAAACAAAGUUCAAGCUCCCAUGAGCCUGUCGAAGAAGAAAUGGGAGACACUGACCACGGCGGUAAGAGGGAAAAGCUCGUCGUCCGACCGGAGGAGAUCCCGCCUGUGCCCGAGAACCGUUUCCUGCUGCGACAGGACACACCAGCCCAGGAGAACAAAGCGGAGAUAGUUGAGAAGCAAGAAUCCACACUUGAAGCUGAGCAGAAACCAGCAGUCUCAAAGUCUGGACGGAAGAUCAGAGGCAGAGGAACAAUUAGGUAUCACACACCCACCAGGUCUAAAUCUCGAUCUGUGUCGGUGGGUGAACGUGGCAGCAGUGAAACUCCGCCCCACUGGAAAGAGGAGAUGAUGCGGACUAAAGCAUAUCAGCCUCCGAGUAUUGAGCGAUGGAGCAAAGGAGAGCGAUGGGAUGACAGAAGUGACUCUAGGUCCUCUGAGCACUCGUCAGGCCGGAGCUCGGCAAGGUCCAGCCUGCCACGGCCACCUAAGAAAGACAAGAAAAGAGCCAAACACAAGAAAAAGGCCAAAAAACGUAAGCCUGGGAAGAAGAGCAGCUCCAAAAGCAAACCUCAAGAAUCUUUUGCAUCAGAGGGGGAAAGAUCGCCCUCUUCAAGAAGGUCCAAUGUCAGAACAUCUCUCUCUCCAUCUCGGUCCUCUUCAAGUCAGCGUUACACGAGACGGCGUUCCUCUGUGUCCAGAUCUUACUCCCGAUCGCGCUUAUCCAGUCGAUCCAGAUCAAGGGUGAGGUCUUAUUCAAGAUCCAGGUCUUAUUCACGAUCCAGAAGCCCAUCUCACUCGAGAAGUUGCUCCCAAGCUCGAUCAAGGUCCCGGUCCUAUUCUCGAUCUAGGUCCAGACACAGGUUGAGGUCGUUUACGCCAAGCAGAAAAAGGAGUUCAUCCAGAUCUCCAAGAAAGCAGAAAUCUAGCAAGUCCAAAACAGACAUAACAAUCCAUACACCUGGGAAGCAAUCUGAUAGCAAAGUCACACCGGCAUCCAGACUCACAGCUGUCCCAGCCACAGAGAGUGUUCCUGUGAUCCCACUCAGCGAUAGCCCUCCACCCUGCCUCUCACCCAACGUCAGCUGGGAUAGGCUCCAGCUCACCCAUGACCCUAUAGAAAAAGGAUGGAUGAGGUAUCACACACCCACCAGGUCUAAAUCUAGAUCUGUGUCGAUGGGUGAACGUGGCAGCAGUGAAACUCCGCCCCACUGGAAAGAGGAGAUGAUGCGGACUAAAGCAUAUCAGCCUCCGAGUAUUGAGCGAUGGAGCAAAGGAGAGCGAUGGGAUGACAGAAGUGACUCUGCGUGGUCUAGGUCCUCUGAGCACUCGUCAGGCCGGAGCUCGGCAAGGUCCAGCCUGCCACAGCCACCUAAGAAAGACAAGAAAAGAGCCAAACACAAGAAGAAGGCCAAAAAACGUAAGCCUGGGAAGAAGAGCAGCUCCAAAAGCAAACCUCAAGAAUCUUUUGCAUCAGAGGGGGAAAGAUCGCCCUCUUCAAGAAGGUCCAAUGUCAGAACAUCUCUCUCUCCAUCUCGGUCGAGACGGCGUUCCUCUGUGUCCAGAUCUUACUCCCGAUCGCGCUUAUCCAGUCGAUCCAGAUCAAGGGUGAGGUCUUAUUCAAGAUCCAGGUCUUAUUCACGAUCCAGAAGCCCAUCUCACUCGAGAAGUUGCUCCCGAGCUCGAUCAAGGUCCCGGUCCUAUUCUCGAUCUAGGUCCAGACACAGGUCGAGGUCGUUUACGCCAAGCAGAAAAAGGAGUUCAUCCAGAUCUCCAAGAAAGCAGAAAUCUAGCAAGUCCAAAACAGACAUAACAAUCCAUACACCUGGGAAGCAAUCUGAUAGCAAAGUCACACCGGCAUCCAGACUCACAGCUGUCCCAGCCACAGAGAGUGUUCCUGUGAUCCCACUCAGCGAUAGCCCUCCACCCUCCCGCUGGAAGCCCGGUCAGAAGCCUUGGAAGCCCUCCUACAUCCAUACUCAGGACAGCAAGGCCCAAGUAUCUUCAGUGAACAUUACCAUAGGACAAGCAGUUUUGGAGCAGGCGCCAAGUUCAGUUGUGGAAAAAUGUCUGCCUGGUGACUCAGAGAGAGACAAAUGUGUUACACGGCGCUCGCCCAGCAGAUCCUCUAGAAGCAAGUCCUACAGUCGCUCAAGAAGCAGGAGUGCCAGCAAGUCUAGCUCCAGAUCCCGUCACAGUAGCGGAUCAGACUCUGUGCAUUCGGCACAUGAGAAGAAGAAAUCCCUCGACAAAGAUUGGAAAAAGUAUUACCGUUCUCUAAAGAGGAUCAAGAAUAUAGACAAGUACAUUUCAGUUGCUACUGCUCAAGGUGUCCUGUCAGAGAAGAAAGCAGGUGUCGAGCCAAGUCCUGAUAAAGCUAUCUCAAAGGGAAGCAAAGAGCGAUGUGGAUUUCAGGAUGGAGAGACAAAGAAUUACAGUUCAAUGCAGGUGGAUAGCUUUAAUAACCUGUCUGGAUGGGACAGUGACAGCGAUAAGGUGAGCCAAAGCAACAGUGAUUCCCUGUCAAAGCACCAGAAACCAUCUGGCAGCAUGCUUGACAAGAGUUCUGGCCUUACCGGGUGGAAUUCCGAUAGUGAUCCUGAAAACAUUACCACCAGGGCACUGCCUUUAUCAGAGAAAGAAGAAGGCGAGGCCAGUUCUGAAUCGGAACAGGAAACCUACAAAAUGGCCUCGAACACUGUGGAAGCUCCGGUUGCCGCUGUUUCCGGCCCGCCGCAGGUGAAUCCGGGGAAGGCCGCUGAGCCAGAGAAGCACAAGACCAAGAGGAAGUCCAAACGGAAGCACAAACACAAGAGUAGGGGAGAGGGCAAAAGCUGUUCCCGUCACUCGAAGGACAAGAGUAAGAGAUCCAAAAAGAAACGUCAGAAGCUGAAAGAGACUUUUCACUGGCAGCCGCCUUUAGAGUACGGCGAGGAGGACGACGAAGAUGAUUCCAAGAGGGAAAAACGUAGCCCAACGCCUGCAGAUGUGAGGAGCUACAAAGACCAAAAUCUAACCUCUUCGAGCAAGAAUUAUAAUAGAGAGGAAUACAAGGCUCCACUGAGGGUAAAAGAAUAUAAUUAUAAAAAUGCCAAACUAUCUGAGCCUCAUCAUCAGUCCUCUACCAGGAACAGUAGUAACACAUCCAAUAUCAAAGAACAGAACUCUAUGGAUGAUAUGGACAUCUGUACUCCCGAACAUGACACUGAAACCACAGUUGAACCUGGAGUGGCGCAGAAUUCCUUGAAUAACACCCCUGAAAAAACGCUAAAAACUACCUCCCAUUUGCCCGGCAAGGCAAAUAAAGAUGCCCAUCCACAGUUAAAAAGCCUAGAACAAUCCUCUCUUACCACCACAGAUACGGACAAGCCAACCAGCACUGUAAUCAAUUUCAAAUGGAGGCCCUUGAAAGGAUUGCCUUCGCUCCAGAAUGUGAACACAGCACAGCUCAUGACCAAAAAUGUCCACGUUCAGCAGAGCCAGAAGUCCAAUGCUCAGGGAGUGCGCAUGGAGAUCAAGAGCAAGAGCAGGGUCCGGCCGGGAUCGCUUUUUGACGAGGUCCGCAAGACCGUGCGGCUCAACCAGAGGCCCAGGAACCAGGAGAGCUCUGGUGAGGAAAGCUCCCCGUCGGCAGGUGUAACCAGAGACAACUCCCCGAGGAAGUCACACUCUGCAACUCGGCGGUCUCGCUCAGCUUCCAGUCAACGGUCCCGUGCCAGAGGCUGGUCGCACUCCUACAGCAGGUCCAUGAGUCGAUCACGUAGCUCCAGCUACUCCUCCAGAGGUCGUAGCAGGAGUCGACAGAGACACGGCCGCGGGUGGUCCCGCAGCAGCACAUACAGAAGCUACAGAAGCCACAGCCGAACAUACAGCAGAAGUCACUCCAGAAGUCGCUCCUAUAAUCACCACAGGAGAUCCAGGCUCUUUCCCCGCAGGUCCGCCUCCUCUGACAGCUAUUCCAGUUGGAGUCGCAGUGUGAGCCGGAGGCGAGGGCGCCGCAGAAGCGACAGCUACCAGAGUUCAGACCGCAGAUCUCGUGCGUGUCUCGAUGACAUGUCUUGCUUUCGUCAAAAGUACCCCAAGGAAAUCAGCCCGUUUAAUAACAAUGACACAAAAAUGUGCCAUUAACACUGCGCAGGUCCUCACGCUCGUCCAGUCGCAGUUCAUCCAGACGUUGGAGUCGCAGUCGGAGCAGCCGCUACAGCUGAGACGAACUAUCGUUAACAACCCACCACGCUCUGUUAUAGGCCAUUUAGUUAAGCACCAAAAGCAACUGAGGCUAUUAUGCUGUUUUGCGUACUGAUCGACGACUGUCCUACAUGCUGGCAAAUGAAUGUAAUGUAUCAAAAAGAACGUACGAUACAGCUAACAAUGGCUCAGUCAUGGACAAGUUGUAUGGUAAUCAUACUUAAGGAAAGAUGUUUAUGAUGUAAAUAAUGUUUUUGUUUCCUUUGUUAAUGACUUUUACGUUAAUGUUCCAGCUGUCAUGUGUAGCUGUCAUGUGUUCUUGUCGUGUUGGCAAAAAAAAAAAAAAGUUUUUGUGAAAGAGUUUUAAUUGACGUUGCUGUUCGGAUGAUUGUUUCACUAGUGUUAUAACUGUGCUGAAAAUAUGGUUUAUCAUUUGGUUAUGAACAAUGUUGAUGCUCAAUAAAAUACACUUUUGGUUGUGA